AUGGAUGUGAUGAUGGGGUCGUCGUUGGCGAUGGUGGUUUGCGUCGGCCAUUUUGAGGUGGCGAUUGGAGAGAAGAACGUGCUGAAAACGAUCAGCCUGGUAUUUCGGCAAAACGAGCAUAUGUCGGAGCUCGACUUGCGUGAUGAGGGGCACGGGCGUUGUCAUAUACAGUCUGGUGCUUUGGAGAAGAGAGAAAAAGAGAGAGGGAAGAGGAUGAGAACGAGAGAUGCUUCACUGGCCACCGCCGCCAUCAAUCACCAUUUCCGGCGCUUCUCCACCGCCGCGCUCCUCCAGGAAGCGGACAACCCCAUUCUGCUCACCUACCUGGAGGGAUUGCCCAGGCCUGACCCUAAGCACGACGAAACCAUCCACGCGAUCCCACGCGCUCUCUCCGGCAAGAACAUAGCCGCCAAAGAGAGGAAUUUGGGCCGUGUUCCAAGUAUCGUCUUCGAGGCGGAAGAUGGCCAGCACGGCGGCAACAAGCGCCUCAUUUCCGUACAGAGCAAUCAGAUAAAGAAGCUUGUGGAUCACUUGGGUCGGUCCUUCUUUCUCUCCAGGCUUUUUGAUCUGGAGGUCCGGCCCGAGUUCGGGUCGGAUGAUAUAAUCGAAAAACUACAUCUUCACGCAGGCACUGAUGCAGUGCUUAAUGUCACGUUCAUCAGAGCCCCAUCAGAUGCUUGGUUAAAGGUCGAUGUUCCUCUUCUCUACAGAGGAGAUGAUGUCUCCCCUGGACUCAAGAAAGGGUCAUCUUUGAACAUCAUCAAGAGAACUGUUCAAUAUCUCUGCCCAGCAGAUGUCAUCCCACCCUACAUUGAUGUGGAUUUAAGCGAGCUUGAUGUUGGCGAGAAGAUUAUUGCUGGGAAUUUGAACGUUCAUCCAGCGCUUAAGCUACUAAUAUCAAAAGAUGAAGUUGUGGUCAAAAUCAUGGGUUCUAGGGUUUCUGACCAGAAGAAAUCCAAGGGCCUGUGGCCGACCAAAAUCUUCCCAUUUCAAGACUUUGAAGAGUUUGUUUUUAGUAUAGUAGGGUUUAUGGGAGAAGCUAUAUCACAACUAUCUGCAAAAGAAGUGAUGCCAGCGUACGCUCAUGAUGUUGAUGGUUAA